AUGACAACAACAAUUAACACCAAUAAAAAUAUAAUUUCGAAUUCUUCAUCUAUUGUCUCUCCGUCAUCUUCUUCUUCAAUGACGGAACGAUCAAUAUUAUCAGAAGGAAAGAUUUAUAGUAAUUACACUAAUUAUAGUAAUUAUUACUCUCAAGAAUUAUCGGAAUCAUUACAACAUUUGAUGAAUAUUGAAUUCUGGUUAUAUGAUUCACAAAUUAAUAAUUCACAGCAACAACAGCAAUUAUUUUCAAAGUCAAAAUUACUUCCACCUCCACCUCUUGAAAUUGAUGUCUCUUCUUCUUCGAACGAAGAAAUUUUAUCUCCUGAAGAAUUUGAUUCUAUCUUUCAAUCUUUUGCUGCUGAUUCAAAAAUCGCAAAAUUACCAACGUAUUGUCUAAUAUUAGCACUGAUAGCUGCCAUAGGUGGAUUGGAGGUUGGAAUAACUUCUGGAAUUACAAAUAUUCCGGUAGAUUGUCUUCCUAUGAAUGAUUUAUUAUGGGGUUUCGCUGUGGGAUCUGCCGCUCUUGGUGGAUUAAUAGGAGGGAUAUCCGCUGGUUAUUUUCAAGCAAGAUUUGGAAGAAAAAAAACUCUGACAUUUAAUACAAUAUUUUGGGUUAUCGGUGGCAUUCUUUCAGGUGCUUCGAUUAAUCCUACCAUGUUUAUCUUUGGACGUAUUAUUACAGGAUUUGGAUGUGGAGUUGGAUCAGUUGUGAUUCCAAUUUCAACCAUUAAAUUGCGUGGCUCUCUUGGAUCCAUUUAUCAACUUUCGGUCAUAACUGGUAUCGUAUUAAUUCAAUUAGUCGGUUUACCACUUUCGUAUGUACCAGGUUGGAGAAUCAUUUUCGUGAUAUCUACGAUACCAGCCAUUUUACAAUUAAUACUUGCGUCUAUUAUUGGAGUGGAGACACCGAGAUAUUUAAUUUCUCAAAAUCGAAUCGAAGAAGCCAAAAAGAUUUUACAAAAGUUAAGAAAAGGGUAUGAUGUUGAUCUGGAAUUUGAAGAAAUUGUUCAGGGACAAAACAAAUCUGAAGAAAAAAAAAUUGUUCAAACACAAAUAAAAUUCGAAAAAGAAAAAAAUAUUGAAAAUUUAGAAAUUGAAAAAGCAAAUCCCCAGAUUGAGAUUGAGAUUAAUAAGGUUUUUGAAGUGAGAAAAUCAUUUACGGUCUUUGAAUUAUUGAAAGAUUCUUAUUGCCGAAAGGUGAUGAUAAUUCUUAUGGUUAUUCACGCCACUCAACAACUUAGUGGUAUUCAAGGAAUUGUUCUUUACAGUACCGCAAUAUUUACUGACGCAUUUGGAAAUGCCGCGAAAUAUGCAACAAUUUCAGUGGGAAUAAAUAUUUUAAUAUUCACUAUUCUAUCAACAUUAUUGGUUGAUAAAAUUGGACGACGACCAUUAUUACUUUCAUCACUUUUGGGAAUUUCUAUAUCUUCUACUUUAAUCGUUAUCGGAUCGAUUUAUAAAAAUAAUAUAUUGGUUAUUUUCGCUGUUUUAUUGUUCGUUGGAACUUUUGGAAUAGCGCUUGGAUCAUUGCCAUUCUUUAUUACAUCGGGUAAAUAA